AUGGCCAACUUCCAGUUAUUCACAUCGCUUCGAUACGACCCUGGCUUGAUAGGCGUACCGAAGCGGCGCCUGGCCAACGCAGGAUGGAACGCCAAGAUGACCUCACCUUUCUACAUGCUAGAUCUGCACCGGGAUCGGAUGCUGCGGGCUGCCACCUAUUGGAAUUGGACCCCUGCCAUCGAGGCUAUCUCUGGAUCGGACGGCCUCCAGAGACUGACUGAGGCGAUUGAGACUUUCUUGACUCAGCAUGGAAGAGAGAAACCAUUACGAGUCAAAGUCUUGUUGACCUCAGAAGGACGCCUCACCUGCGAAGGAUCACAAGUCCCAGCGGUGUCGCUUGAGAACCUCUUCCCAGAACGGCUUCCCUCCCCAGGACAAUCGACAGAAGCGGGCUAUCCUUUGGAAGAGGAUCCCAUGAUAGUAGUGGUUGAUAACACAAAGACCACACAAUCCGAGUAUACCCACUACAAGACUACAGAGAGAAAUAUGUAUGAUACAGCUCGUAGUCGAGCGAUUAUCAGCCUGGCAGAUCGCAAGGAAGUCCUUCUCGUAAACUCAAAAGACGGGUCUAUCAUGGAAGGUAGCCUGACAACCCCAUUCUUCUGGCGAGACGGCAGAUGGGUCACCCCGCCGGUGGCUGCUAAGUAUAGUCCCGAAGGUGGGAGCGGUGGCCAAGACGGGACCACCCGUAGAUGGGCACUUGAGCGUGGGUUGGCCGUGGAAGAAGAAGUCAAAGUUGACAGCCUUGUUGGAGGAGAGCCAUGCUGGAUCAGCAAUGGUGUCCGAGGCUUUACUUUUGGGAUCAUCAAGCUCAAUGACGCCUAA